AGAAAACAAUGUCCGCCAACCUAAAAUAUCUUUCCUUGGGAAUUUUGGUGUUUCAGACUACCAGUUUGGUUCUAACGAUGCGUUAUUCUAGGACUUUAAAAGAGGAGGGUCCUCGUUACCUAUCUUCUACAGCAGUAGUUGUGGCUGAAUUUUUUAAGAUAAUGGCCUGCAUCUUUUUAGUCUACAAAGACAGUAAGUGUAGUGUGAGAACACUGAACCGAGUACUGCAUGAUGAAAUUCUUAAUAAGCCCAUGGAAACACUUAAGCUUGCUAUUCCAUCAGGGAUAUAUACACUUCAGAAUAAUUUACUCUAUGUGGCACUGUCCAACCUAGAUGCAGCUACUUAUCAGGUUACAUAUCAGUUGAAAAUACUUACCACAGCGUUAUUUUCUGUGUCUAUGCUUGGUAAAAAAUUAGGUGUGUACCAGUGGCUCUCCCUAGUAAUUCUGAUGGCAGGAGUUGCUUUUGUGCAGUGGCCUUCAGAUUCUCAAGAACUGCACUCCAAAGAACUUUCAACUGGCUCACAGUUUGUAGGCCUCAUGGCAGUUCUCACAGCUUGUUUUUCGAGUGGCUUUGCUGGAGUUUAUUUUGAAAAAAUCUUAAAAGAAACAAAACAAUCAGUAUGGAUAAGAAACAUUCAACUUGGUUUCUUUGGGAGUAUAUUUGGAUUAAUGGGUGUAUAUGUUUAUGAUGGAGAAUUGGUAUCAAAGAAUGGAUUUUUUCAGGGAUAUAAUCAACUGACGUGGAUAGUUGUUGUUCUGCAGGCGCUUGGAGGCCUUGUAAUAGCUGCUGUCAUUAAGUAUGCAGACAAUAUUUUAAAAGGAUUUGCCACCUCUUUAUCCAUAAUAUUGUCAACAGUUAUAUCCUAUUUUUGGUUGCAAGAUUUUGUGCCAACCAGCGUCUUUUUCCUUGGAGCCAUCCUUGUAAUAGCAGCUACUUUCUUAUAUGGUUAUGAUCCCAAACCUGCAGGAAAUCCCAUUAAAGCAUAGUCAUGUACUAUCUUUAGCUGGUUUUUCACGAUGGUGCCCUAGGAAUCUCAACAUUAAUCUUGCACAGAGGACUUCUGCAGAUUCUGUGAAGAUACCAUCAUGCUAAAUCUGAUCAUAUUGUUCAAAUGAUUUGAAAAUGUAUAGGCUUCACCAUGAAAUGUGUAUAUCAUCUGGAAACUCAAGCUUGGAAGUGUGUUCAGGGAGUAGUGUUAGAGGGAUACGGGUAGGAGGCCUGAAAUCUGAGCUCAUAACAGGUUCACCGUUUUGGUUGCUGCAGAACAGUCCAGUGCAGCCUUUGUGAGAGCACACAAAUGCAAAUACCAAUGUUUGCAAGGCAGAUCUACUUACUCUUAUCACAUGUUCUUAAUCUUACUCUUUCUGUACAGAUAUAUCAAAUUAUGUGGACUAUUUGAAGUUGGAAGAUUAUAAUUGCCUAUAAAGCUGUGAACAAACAAAUAUAAUAUAAAACCAUUUUCAUGUA